UUUAUGCACUUAAGUAAAAUGAACUUAUUUUAGAAUCAACAUAAUUAAUUAAUAUGGAUUUAAAAACGAUUUUGAAAUUAAUGAUCACCUUAAUUUAAUAUUUUCUAAUACAAAUUUGAUAUAUUAUAAUUUGUUGAAAUGUUGGCUUACUUGUUUACUCUGCAAUCUCUCAUAAAUAUACCAUUUAAAACUUUCCAUUUAUUUAACCCAACCGUAACAAUUUUCUUUGGCGCUUCCGAAAAAGUAAAAUUUUCCAAUACAAGGUAGGUAUCGCAUCGCAGAACGACCCAAGAACCGGCAAAGAACCCGAGAACCAUCGUGAAAGUGGUAGGAGUGCUGAAUGCACGGGUGGGCACGAACCUCGCUCUAUUCAUUGCACUUCCAGACCUGUUGCAGUUUCGUUCUUCAUUCAAUUUACUGUGCUUACUACGGUUAUCACUUUCAAAUAAGUGAAAUUUUACAGUAAUGGCUUUUCUUAAAGUAAUUAUCUUGUUCGUGAGUUUAGCUACAGUUGUUUUAUCUAAACCAGCCAGUAACGAACAACUAGACAACGCUUCCGUUAAUGACCCAUCAAUAAACGCAGUAGCAGUUAAAAAAAGUGACGAACUUACUAAAAAAGAUACGUCUGUUGAAAUUAGCGGUAUCACAACUGGAGUGGAACCAACUCCAUCAGAAACUCCGUCUCUGUUCAAGCCACAGAGAGCUGGAACAAUGUUUGCCAGAUUCAUUGACGACAUCUUUCAGAUUCCCAUAACUGUGCUUCAAUCAGUCGCCAAAUUGAUCACAAACCCAUUUACAACAUCCAAGAAAACAACUCCAGAAGCUACGAUCGAACAACAGUGAUUUUUAGAUAUCCUAUAACUCAAGAUUUAUUAAAUAUUUGUAUAUAUCUUAAUUAUAUUUUAUGUAAAUAUGCAUUCUCUCUUAACAUCGUUAGAGUUAGAUUAAAGCAAUAAUUUGCUAUGCAAAUGACUAUUUUAGGGAUAAAUUAAGUGAAAAUUUCUAAUUGAAACUUCACACCCAAUGAAUUAAUUUAAUAUGAGAGACAUCUAAAUUUGUUAAAUAAUUUCAUGUUUAAUAUUUUUGUUGUCAAUUUUAUAAAACAUACAUUUAAUAUUAUUUUAAUCACGUUGCAACAGUGUUCGAUUAUCAGGAUUGGUAAUAUUAAUCAGAAUAGUUACGUCAACAGGAUUAAAUGAAUGAGAAUUUUCAAUUCUAUUAAUGGAAACGGGAACAUACAAUGUAGUACUUUAUUUCUUGUUUAUUAGAUCAAUUUUAUAUAUAGUUUUUUAUUAAUUUAUUUAAAAGCCAUUUCAAAAAUAAAAUAUAUUUUUGCAGGUUUGUA